UGGUGAAGAUGGCUGAAAAUGGAGAUGGUGACAACAUGUCUAUUUUGGAAAACAAAAUCUGUCAGCAAAUUGAGUACUAUUUUGGCAAUCACAAUCUACCAAGAGACAAGUUCCUAAAGGAACAGAUCAAACUAGAUGAUGGCUGGGUGCCUUUAGAAGUAAUGAUCAAAUUCAACAGGUUAAGUCGCCUUUCAAAAGAUUUUAGUGUUAUCGUAGAAGCACUAAGAAAAUCCAAGACUGGUCUAAUGGAAAUAAAUGAAGACAAAACUAAAAUCAGAAGAUCUCCAAACAAACCUCUUCCGGAAUUAAAUGACCAAUAUAAGGCUGCAAUUAAAAACAGAUCUGUAUAUGUUAAAGGCUUUCCACUAGAUGCAACUCUUGAUGAUAUCAAAGAAUGGCUUGAGGAUAAAGGUCCAGUUGAAAACAUUCAAAUGAGGAGAACAUUACAGAGAACAUUUAAGGGCUCAAUAUUUGCAGUUUUUGAUAGUGUUGAAUCUGCUAAGAAGUUCACAGAGAUCCCAAACCAAAAGUACAAAGACACAGAGCUGAUAGUACUUUUCAAGGAGGAGUAUUGUACAAAGAAGAAUGAAGAAAGGAGACAAAACAAAGUAGAAGCUAAAGCAAGAGCUAAACAGGAAAAAGAAGAGAAACAGAAACAAGCAGCAGAUGCUGAAAUGAAGUCUCUGGAAGAAAAGACAGGAUGUCUUUUGAAGUUUUCUGGUGACCUAGAUGAUCAAACAUGCCGAGAAGAUCUCCAUGAUGUAUUUUCUGAUCACGGAGAAAUCAAAUGGAUACACUUUGUCAGAGGUGCAAAGGAGGGAAUUAUCCUAUUUAAGGAUAUUGCAAAAGAAGCUCUGGAAAAAGCCAAAGCAGCACAUAACGGAAACUUACAGCUUCGGAACAAGGAUGUUACAUGGGAAUUGCUAGAUGGGGAUGCAGAGAAAGAAGCGCUGAAAAAAAUACUGGAAGAUCAGCAAGAAUUGCUGAAACAGAAAACAAAAGGACGGAAAAUUAAAGGAAAAGGAAGAGGGGGAAAGAUACCUCAGGGUACACACAAAGGGAAAGUACAGUUUCAGGGCAAGAAAAUAAAGUUUGAGAAUGAAGAAGAAGGUGGUGAAGGGGAUACUAAAACAGAACCAGCAAGUCCCAAGAAGAGACCACUAGAGGAAAUGGAAAAAGAAGAACCUGCACCAAAACAACUGAAAACAGAAAAUGGAGAUGGAGAUCAGUAAUACUAAAAUAAAAAAAU